GAGCCAAGUCUUGGGUGAGAUUGAUUUGCUGAACACAGCUGGACUCGAAUGUACAAAAUGUGUCAUGUUAGUGGUGAGGAAUUGACAAAUUUGGAUAGUGGAGUGGAGGAUAUGGAAAAUAAGGUGGUGAAUUCAUUGGGAAUGGACAAUGGAAACCCCACCCAUUAUUGUAAAUUUCGAAAUGAGAAGAAUGUGAAAGACUCUUCAAUGGCAAAUGAGUUGAGUUCGUAUGAGAUACGAGUAAUCAGUCCAACAAUUUCGAUAUCAAGGACUGAUAGUUUGGUCUCAACCUGCAGUGAAUUUUCAGUUGAUACAAAUAUGAAUGGAAGGGAGGAAGGAGAUGCUGGUGCUAGCCAGGAUAAUCCCUACUUGAGGCUAACCAAGAAUGCAGAGAAGUCGAGCUUUCCAAUUACAUCAAAUGGAAUUGAUGAACCCAGUACAACAAUGGUGGAAAACCAUGAGGGAAGCAACAAUAACAGUAAUACAUGUAGCCUUGACCAAGGAACAACAAAAGAUGUCAAAAUUUUUAUUGUAGCUGAUGCUGGUACAGAAAGAAUAGAGGAUGUUAGUGAGGGCUCUUCCCAAUCAUUUACAGUCUCAGAGGAAGGAAAUGAGUUAUCUCGGUGUGUUGAUAUUGAAUCAGAUGAACGUAUCUGGGAACCCCCUGAACCAGAAGAUCUUGAGGAUGAUGUGGAGGGCAGUGUGGCUAACAAUGAUGAUGAUGAUGAGUGUUAUGGCACAAAAUGGAGCCAGCCAACUUCUCUAAGAAGCUUUAGCAAAGAGGGCAGUGGCAGCUUCAGAUUCAAGGAGGAACGGAAGAAGGCACUGAUAGAGGUGAUGAACGGGGAUUUCAAGGACUUCGUUAAACGGCUUCUUACAUCCGAGGGCAUCAACCUUUCUGGGGAUCCUGGUGAAAGUUGGGUUGAUAUAGUUACCUCUUUAUCUUGGGAAGCCGCAUCACUUGUGAAACCCGAGUCUAUUGAGGCAAAAACAGUGGAGCCUGAAUGUUUUGUGAAGGUGAAAUGUCUGGCAACUGGUUCUCGUAGUCAAAGUCAAGUGAUUAAAGGCUUGGUUUUUAAGAAGCACGCUGCACAUAAGCACAUGCCAACCAGUUAUAGGAAUCCUAAACUGUUGCUGAUCCAGGGCAUGCUUGGACAUACUUCAAGUGGUCUAUCGUCAUUUAAUUCAAUGGAGCAGGAGACGGAUAAUCUGAAGUCUUUCAUUGAGAUGCUAGAGAUGUGCCAUCCGAAUGUGGUCUUAGUGGAGAAAUCUGUUCCUCGUGAUGUGCAAGAAUCUCUUCUUGCUAGAGGAAUAACGUUGGUUUUUGAUAUGAAGCUUCAACGUUUGGAGAGAAUUGCUUGUUAUACUGGUUCCCAGGUUGUCUCUUGUACUGACAAUUUGAUGAACCUAAAACUGAAACAGUGUGACUCUUUCUAUUUUGAGAAGUUUGUGGAGGAAUAUGGUAGCUAUGGUGAAGGCGGGAAAAAGCCAAGGAAUACUUUAAUGAUUCUAGAGGGCUGUCCUAGGCCUUUGGGCUGCACGAUUUUACUUAAGGGAGCUCCUAGUGAUGAAUUAAAGAAGAUUAAAUGUGUGGUGCAGUGUGCAGUUCUUGCAGCAUAUCAUUUAAUCUUAGAGACUUCUUUCCGUGUGGAUCAAAGUGCAAUGUUUCCUGUCUUCCAUUAUAAUGGCCUGGCAAAUGGAUGCAUGACAAAUCAACAAGCAAUUGUUGGGUCUGAGGAUUGCGAGGCCAAAAUUAGUCUGCCCUGUAUGACUAAUGGUCCCCUUAUUGGUGAAUUCCGAGAAAACCUUGUGGAUGGAAGGUUGCCUACAGAUUCACAGUUGGUUUUGCGAGGCGACGAUACAUCAUCAGUCUCUAGUCCUAGUAUCAUCAUGUACAAUAAUAGUAUUGGUGAAAAUGCUUUGACUAGUCAUACCAAAUCUGAUAAUAGUGAUGUCCAUCAUCCUGAGGCAUCUUAUGAGCCAUACACACCAACUAUUCUUCCAGGGCCGUUCUCAUCAUCACUCUCAGCCUCUCUCAAGAAAGUUAUUGGGGAUGGAUUUCCUCAUGUAUCCUCUACUUCUUAUCUGUCCAUCCCCACUUACUUUGGAUUGAAGGAAAGGGAGCAAGAUAGUCAGGAUGUUACCAUCUUGCCUGUAGUGACAUCUCCUGAACAACUAGAUUUUUGUCAGAUGGAAGAAAAAGGUAGUGCCAAUGAAGUGAAGCCACUUGAUGCUGAGAAAGCUGAGUCCUUGUCAGCCUGCUAUGAGGCCGCUUUGGUUCAAACCAAAAAUGGUGCAAAUGAUGAACAACAAAAGCAACAGAAUGGAGUGAUAACUGUUUUAGAUGGCCAGAGCAUUUUAUUUUUGAAGUCUAGCAGGAAUAUUUUAAAAGGAACUGUUUGUGAGCACAGCCAUCUUUCUCGUAUCAACUUCUACAAGAGUUCUGAUAUGUCCCUUGGGCGAUUCUUGCGUGAUAACAUACUCAAUCAGAUGAAUCAAUGCUCUAUAUGUGGUGCACCACCAGAAAAUCAUGUUUUCUGUUAUGCUCACCAUAAUGGGAAGCUCACAGUACGGGUAAGACAGCUUUCUGGGGGAUUGCAUUUGCGUGGAGAGACAGAAGGGAAACUUUGGAUGUGGAGCCGCUGUUUAAAAUGUAAACCUGAGAAAGGAAUCCUAAAACCUACACGAAGAGUGGUGAUAUCCACUGCAUCCCGUAGGCUAUCAUUGGGGAAGUUUCUGGAGCUAUGCUUUUCAAAUGACUCUGCUCCUAAUAGGUUAUCCAGCUGUGGGCAUUCCCUGCACAAUGACUCCCUGUUCUUCUACGGUUUGGGCUCCAUGGUUGCAAUGUUUAGAUACUCUUCGGUUGAUAUUUAUGCUGCAUUUAUGCCGCCACAAAUUCUGGAGUUCAACAAUCCAAUUGGACAAGAAUGGCUUGAGAAAGUAGCUGAGGAUGUUCUUAGGAAAGGAGGAGCACUGUUUAUGGAAGUUACAAACUUGUUACAGAAGAUAAGAUCUGGAUUUUCUUCCUCGCUUUCAAACACAUCUCUGAACCUUGGAGGUUCAGUGAAGGACCUUUCUGAAGUUGAAGAGAUGUUGAGGCAAGAAAAAUUUGAUUUUCAGGAACUCAUUCAGAAAGCGCUUGAUAAGGAUGUCAACCUGGGGCAGGCUGCACAUAAGCUUCUCAGCUUGAAUUGUUUACUCUCUGAACUUCUGCUUGAAUCAUAUGUAUGGGAUCAACGUUUGCGUUCUCUUACAUUGCCUUCUCGGGUAGUUAACGGUUGUACAAGUGAUAAAAUAGUAUGCGAUGAACAACAAACGUUGCAAAGGGAUGACAUUUCUGGUGAAAGAAUGAUGGAAAAGAAUGCUUCACCCUGUGUUGGAGAAGGCUUAGAUGAUUCUGCUGUGGCUUGUAUUGCUCCGGUGAACAAUAAAGUGUGUUCUGACUACAAUAAUACCAUAAACUAUGGUAGCAACCUAGAAACCAAGCUGGAAACUAAAUUUGAGGAAAGUUAUACCGAAGAACAUGAAAUUCCAGUUGCAGAAGCCCCAGAUUCUGAGCCACUUAGUGAAGGUUUGGUCUAUGGUUCUGGGAUUCAAAACUAUAAACUCAAUAGGUCUAUUAAUAUUGAGGGUAAUGGAACACCAGCUGAUGGGAGUUUGAACCCUGUUAGUUCGACUAGUAAUGAUUUAAAUGCAUCUACAGCAGGCAGUAAGUCGAACAACUCUUCCAUUGGACCAUCUUAUUCCUCUUUUGCUCUUCCAUCAGCUGGUGAUAAUCCUCAAAAGUUAAAUUCUCCCAUUGCCGAUCAUUUACAGGUGGAUCAAACUAUUCCAGUUAAAUCAGAUCUAUUGAGACAUAGUGAGUCUGCUCCCAAUAUGGUUCUUAAUGGCACCACGAUGGGUGAAAUACCUGCAAAGUCUGGGUUCCGUUCUUUGUCUGAGAAUUCAGGGUUGUCAUACUUAGCUGAUUCCGAUCAUUGGGUCUGGAAUCCUUUUUCAGAAACUCGCAAGGCAUUUCGGAAGGAUAUUCACAGAGGUAACUCACAGAAGUUUGGGUUCAUCAAUAACUAUACUCCAGAAUGCUUAUCCUCAGUUCAAGAAUUAAUUACCCAAGAAGGAUUCAGGUGCCAAAUCCCACUUGGUACUGAUGAUAAUAUUGUGUCAGUCUAUGAGGGUGAGCUCACCAGCAUAAUUGCCUACAGUCUUGCUUUGUUGCAUGAUCGACGCAGUUCAGCAGAAGAUUUGGCUGAGGAGACAAAAAAGGAGAAAGGAGAGGCUGGUAAAAUAAUUGAGAAUGCGCACAGCCUAGUUUCUGAGGUCUCAGUAACUUCAACAUUUUGGUCUUCAACCAGUUCUUUGGAUUUAGAGGGAUUCAACAGAAGUGUUUCAGCAGAAGAAUCAUAUAACCCUAGUUCUGAUGGGUUGAAUUUUGUGGAUCCCUUGUCAUCUUCGGAGGGGCUUCAUCCAGAGAUCCCUGUUGGGGUUGGGAAGCUACCUGGUAAGGGUAAAUAUUCGGUUGUUUGCUUGUGUGCAAAUCAAUUCCGUUCUCUUCGAAGACGUUGCUGUCCAUGCGAGCUUGAUUAUAUUGCAUCUCUCAGCCGUUGUAAGAACUGGGAUGCUAAAGGUGGAAAGAGUAAAUCUUUCUUUGCUAAGACGCUGGAUGAUAGAUUUAUUGUGAAGGAGAUUAAAAAGACUGAAUUCGAUUCGUUUUUGAAGUUUGCGCCAGAUUACUUCAGGUACAUGAAUCAAUCUUUCAGUUCAGGGAGCCAGACUUGCCUUGCCAAAGUUCUAGGUAUUUAUCAGGUCAUCAUUAGACAACCUAAGAGUGGGAAGGAGCUGAAACAUCAUCUUAUGGUGAUGGAGAACCUUACCUUUGGUCGAAACAUAACACGCCUUUAUGAUCUUAAAGGUACUUUGCAUUCUCGGCACACUCCAGCUGCUGAUGCCUCAGGAAAGGUUCUUUUGGAUCAGAACUUUGUUGAUGACAUGAUAAUAUCUCCGCUAUAUGUCAGUGGGGAAACUAAGCAUCUCUUGCAACGUGCAAUUUGGAAUGAUACAUCUUUCCUCACUUCAAUUAAUGUCAUGGACUACUCUUUACUUGUGGGAGUGGAUACUGAGCGUCGUGAACUUGUAUGUGGGAUUAUAGACUAUCUGAGACAGUAUACGUGGGAUAAACAUCUUGAGACAUGGGUCAAGGCUUCCCUUGUCGUCCCCAAGAAUGUGACACCAACUGUUAUCUCUCCAAAAGAGUACAAGAAAAGAUUCAGGAAGUUCAUGACUAUGCGUUUUUUGAGUGUCCCAUACCAUUGGACUCCACAUCAACCUGUAUGUAGUGGCAAGGUUUCUGUCAAUAAGAACAAUGAUUCUUCUCAGUUGAGAAAUGCGGAGCAGGGAGGAAUCAAAUAAUUUCAGCGUGGAUGUCAUUUACCCGUUCUCUAGCUUGUCUUGUGUUCAAUUGUCCAGCUAUUUGUUUUGUCAGUUUUCAGAUACUGUAUAUAGAUGAUCAUCACAACUGUAUACCCCCCCCCCCCCCAUCCCCCUUGUUUUCUUCUGGGGUAUCUUUUUCCUAAUAUCUGGGGUUGGUAUCAUCUUUUCAGGUCCAUUUAGUAGUCAUGUCAUUCUUUCUUUCUAAAUAUUAGAGUUGUUCAAAGAAGGUUGUAAAAAAUAUGAAGAUAAUCAAUGAUACAUUUUUUUUUGAAACAA